AUGUCGGCGGCUGCGCUUCCGUCGCUUGUCCAGCAAUGGGCUUCGCUCGGUGCCUCGCAUGCGCCAGCGGAGGAUGUACCGAAAGACUCGCCUAGAAUAGCUGCGGCUCUAAAUACGUUUGCGUCGUACGUAGACGAGGCCAGGGGCCUGUACAUCUGUGCCCAGGCCAGUGGACGUCGGGUCAAUGUGUUUAUGGACCGCAGUCAGUUGAUGCAGAGCCUUUCAUUUGAUGAUGUCAGGGGUGCUAAGAAUGUGGUGCUGAAGGGCAUCAGCAGUGUCGCACUCAGCAAAGAUGCACCCGACUCGGACAGCCUCCUUCUCGCGGCCUCGUUUGGCGGGAUCAUCGCGAUGUGGCGUCUCGAUGCUAUCAACCUCGCCAAGAUGGGCCAGGCACCAAAGUAUGGAAGAUGGCGCCUCGAAGGCACGCUUCCCCUGCGUGGACAGCUCGUGUCGUCCUUGUCUGUUCGGCAGGGCCUCUUGGCCACAGGCAGCAAUCAGUGUGUGUCGGUGUGGAAGCGUGGCACGUAUGCCAAUGCGCCAUGGAAGCAAAUUUGGUCAACACGAACGCCCCGUCCACUCUUGCGUGUGCAAUGGUCACACGAUGGCCAGUUUCUCGCGGCCGUUCCCCUGCACGAUACACGCGUGCUCGUGUGGCAUGUACAGGAUAAGCAGGUUCACUUGGUCAGCAAGCUGCGUCAUACACGCACCGUGCAUUCGAUUCACUGGCGACGUCCGCAAAUGCCUGAUGAUAGUCGUCCACCUGCGCUCGUCGUGAUUACAACGAAUGCCACAGCGUUCGUUUAUGCCACUAUGCCGACCGAGCUCACUUUCCGGCACUGGGCGACGGUGGAUGCAUCUAGCUAUGCGGACGACAUGUCCAUGGCCCAGCGUGUCAUUUCGCUCAUGUAUUGCGAUGGAUACCACGCGUCUGUGGCUCUGCGACACGAUCUUCAACUUCUCGAACAGCAGGAGCAGUUGGCUCUGACGGGCGUUGCUUCAUCGUCCGAUACUGAGCGACAACGCCGCGCAUCACGCGUAAAGCAGCUGCAGCAAUACCUCGCGCAAGGUCCUGAUCUAUUCUUUGCGCUACUGGCAGAUGGAUCUAUGGUCGUGUAUGGCCUCUUUCGUAUGGAUGAGCCAACGCCGUCGCUAUGGCACGCGCUGCUUACCCUGCGUGUCCCACCCUGCAUUUCCACCGAGUUUUCGCAUGCACCGCUCAUGCUGGAAUUCAUGCCGCUCGCACCCAAGUCCUUGGACAGCUCGCGCAUAUAUCCCACGGCGUUGAUUCAUGGUCAAACAGCCACGGGACUUCGAGGCACCAUGGCCGUAUCUCUCCUGCUCUUGCUCGAUGGCGACAUUCAUGGCCUCUUUGUGCAAAACACCAUGACAGACACCAAUGUACCUGCACAUUCACAGUCGCACACCCACACAUUUCUGCAUGCAGAGCACCGCUCCGAUAUUCUCUCGUUGGAAACGACGCAGCAGGCUCGCUCGCUCCUCAGCUUUUCGCGCGAUGGCGUCAUGAUAUGGUGGACUUUGUGUGAGAAAGGCACGAUGGCGAGUCUCGUGUCUGAGUCGCAGUUUCGACUUCGUCGCGCCUUUGCUGUAUGCGCUCUUGGCGAUGGGCCGAAUCUAUGUGCGCUUGAUGCGUCACACUUGAAUGUCGCUCUUUUCGAUAAGGCAUGUUUUGUCCCCCACGACGAAGAUGCCAUUGCCCUCAACAAUGUGAUGCUUUCGCGUCGUGAACUGCCCCAACCUGUGUCGCCAGAAAACGUCGUGCUGUUCCGCUGCAUUCAAGUUGACGGCAAAGAUGUGAUUAUGCUGGGCCAGCGCGAUGGUACGCUGUAUACGUGGACCUGCACCUCGACGCCGUCUGGCCUGUCUCUGGCGUCUCACGAGACGCAUGCCCUCAUGGACGGCGUGGUCUGUGCGGCCGUUGUGCCAUACUGGCACCCACAGACAUGCGCCAUGGCUUUGCUGGCUAUCUCGCCCGAUGGCUCUCUGGGCGUGUGGGACACGUUGUCGUGGACGCAGCUGCAUCAUGUGCACGUGGGCCACGGUGCCGAGCAUGUGUGUGCGAGUGAUGACGGUCAUCUCGCCGUGCUCCUCCAUCAUGACGACACGUACACGGUGUGUGUGCAUGAUCUGCGGUUAUCGCCCUUUGCUAAUACUUUGGUCCAUGUGCACGACAUGGGCUGUACAUCGCCGAGCAUGGCGUGGAAGACGAUGAAAGGCGGAGGUGCGGUGCUUGCUACAGGUGGCGAUCAGCACGUCACUCUGCUGGCCGAGGGACGCUUGACAUGGACACCGAUCGCCCGAGUGGAACUGCAUGGUAUGGACUCGGCACGUAUUAGCCACGUCGAGUGGAUUGCACCUCACCGCCUGCUUAUCUCGUCUACAUGCCAACUAUUCUUGUUCGAUACAGACAGGCAUUCGUCUCUGGAAGACAUGCUUGCCCGACACACACAUACCCGGCCCUACUAUGAUGCCACGGCCCUACUGCGAUGCGUUCAGUUUGGACUUGUGCACGAUGCGCAGCAGACUCUUCAGAUGUUAGAUCGUGCUGCAGCUCAUGGAUCCUGGGGCCGAGUGCACUGGACCUUGCAGCGAGCGUCUCUCGCCUCGCUGGAGGCACCGACACCCAUUCCACCGCUCGUAGAGCGCCUGCACGAAUCACAACUACCUGGUGUCGACAAAGCUUUGUGUGCAACGUUGCAGGGUGUGCACCAUGCGAUUCACACAGACGUCGAUGUGCCUGGCAUGCAGUACCUCCUGGCCUGGUAUGCUUCCCAGCACACGAAUGCGCCGAUGGUGUGGGCCUACGUCAGUGAAUCGCAAGACGCGCUCCUCUCCAAGGUCACGAGUGUGUGGAGCGACCGUGUUUCGUGGCCUGUGGUCCGUGACUCGGGCGUGUUUGGUUGGAUGCGGAAGCGCGAGCCGCUACUGCCGAUCAUGGAGCAGGUGGCGCGGUCAGCAUUCACGGCUGGCGACGAUAUUGAUCCUGUGCAGUGCUCCCUGUUUUACCUGGCGCUGAAAAAGACUCAUGCGCUUCGCUCGGUAUGGCGUCGUGCGAUCGGACACAGCGACCAAGCAAAAAUGCUGGCGUUCCUUGCGCACGACUUUUCCGAGGAACGAUGGCGUAUUGCCGCUCAGAAAAAUGCGUACGCGCUCAUGAGCCAGCGCCGCUUUGCGUUCGCUGCCGCCUUUUUCUUGCUGGGUGAUGCUCUUUCUGAUGCUGUGCAUAUAUGUGUGCGAAAACUGGACGACGUGCCACUGGCCAUGGCCGUGGCGCGUGUGUACGAGGAAAGUGAUUAUGGCCCCGUGUUCCAGCGCAUCGUGAAGCAGUAUGCCAUACCCCAUGCGCAUACUACCGGCGAUCGAUGGCUCGGAGUAUGGGCGCAUCUUCUUUUGGAGGAGCAUGUGGAUGCCGUGCGCACGCUGACAGCGUCCCUUCCCGCACCGGCAGAUCGGCGUCCCAUGCAUGAUCUACCUGAUCCCAGUAUGCUGCUACUGCUCGAAUACUUCAAGCAGCAGUACUGGUGCUAUGAGGCUUUGGAUCCUUACACAGAAACACAGUGCGUUUCUUUCUAUGCACGCUUGCUGUGUAUGUCAGGAUGCGAUUGGGUUGGCUUGACGAUGCUGCGGUCUUGGUCCUUCGCCCGAGACGCGCCGGAACCACCAGCACCAGCUCCCUUACCGACAGAGAGUGCACCUGCGCCCACCAAGAUCGGUUCACUUAUGGGCGAGCGUCGUCCACCGCCUGCUCAAACGAUGGCAGAGUUCGACAUGUCGGCCUUUGGCUUGUAG